AUGGCUUAUUCGACAGAAACAGACUGGUCUUUGUUCACUUUAUUGGAUCAACAUGCAUUGGCCCUCAGGAAAACUUCAGCAAAACUCCAUGUGGCCAGUCUCAGUUGUGAAAUCUCUAGCUCCGAGGUACUGAGAGCAAUAGAAAAUGUUAUUGAAGAUGUUAUCAUGAGUUUAUCCAAAAAUAAAGCACCUAUUCUUAUCUUAAGAAACAGAUCUGACUGGGGAAAUAUACAUUUUACAGAAGCUGUAGGUUUGCAGAUGAUAUCGAAUAGUACCACACAACAAAUAAGAAGUGACAGCCCUAAAUCAGCACCAAAGUUUGCUUUGUUUCUUAAAAUAUUAUCUAUAAUCUACAAGAUGAUUCAGACAAAUACAUAUGCAACAAAAAGAGAUAUCUUUUACACUGAUACAGUACUUUUUGGUAAUCAGAGGGUUGUGGACAAUAUUAUAAAUGACGUUUCCUGUAUGCUAAAGAUACCCAGAAGGACUCUACAUAUUCUCUCCACUAGCAAAGGGUGCAUUGCUGGUAAUCUUAGUUAUAUUGAGGAGGAUGGUACAAAAGUAAAUUGUACUUGCAGUAUCACAACACCUGUACCAUCUAAUGUAGAAGGAAUAAGAAAUUUGAUUACAGAUGCAAAAUUUAUUCUAAUUAUAGAAAAAGAUGCAACUUUUCAGAGACUGUUAGAUGACAACUUCUGCUGUAAAAUGACCCCAAGUAUAAUAAUUACGGGAAAAGGUGUACCAGAUAUCAAUACAAGACUACUAGUCAGAAAAUUAUGGGAUACUUGUCACAUACCAAUUUUUGCUCUCAUGGAUGCUGACCCACACGGUGUUGAAAUAAUGAGUAUCUACAAAUAUGGAUCUGUGUCUAUGUCGUUUGAAGCCCAUCGCCUCACAGUUCCAGCUGUAAGAUGGCUUGGCCUCCUUCCAUCUGAUGUUUAUCGGCUGAAUAUUCCCAAGAGUGCACUAAUUCCACUGACUAAAGAAGAUCAGAGUAAAUUAACUGGUUUACAGACAAGACCAUAUAUUGUUCAUGAGUCAGCCUGGAAAAAAGAAUUAGAUAUUAUGGAAACAUCUAAAAUGAAGGCUGAAAUUCAGGCUUUGACUUCAUUUUCAACAGAUUAUCUUUCGAGGGUUUAUUUACCAAACAAGCUGCAAUUCGGUGGAUGGAUCUGAAUAUCAGGACACCCUUUUAAAGUUUUUUAAUGAGUAUUUUGAAAGAAUAUAAAUAAAAAAAUCUAAGUAAAAAUAUGCAGAACAUAUAAGAGAACAAAAGGAAGGUAUAGUUAAUUAUUCCUAAUGGACUACAAUUUAUUUCAGAGGUUUUUAAGACAGACCUUAUAAAAUUUUCAAGUUAUGUAAAAUACUUUCCAUGUGAAAUAGUAUUUCUCUUUAAUUUUUCCUUUCUGAUAGGAAGAAUAUCCUAUUUAUAUUAAUAUUAGUUUUCAUACAUUUUAUAACUGCAUGUUUCAAAUAAGAAAUACAGAAGAUGAAAGAACAUUAAUAUUGUUUUAGAAACACUUUAUCACAGUAUACUAGUUAAUUAAAAGCACUUGUUCAUGAUUUGUGUUGAGUUUAAAAAUCUGAUAUCAAAAUUGUAAUAAACCUAGUAAGAAUGUUAGUCUUUAUAGUUACCAUUAUUUACACAUUACUAAAUAAGCUAAAGAAUGAUUUUUUGUCUAGUUUACAAUCAAACAUGAAUGGAAUAUAUAGUUAAGGAUUUCCUCCCCUUGUGCUAUUCAUUUGUUCAACAGGGACCUAAUUUAUAGUUUAAAAACUUUAAAUAUUCUGAGUACAGCCUUCUUCCAAAAGGCAAGGAACCGUUAUUAUAUACGUGGGUAACAUUUAACAAUACUGAAGAAAACCUUCGGAUCAAAAAUAAUAUUGGUUCCAAGCAAGAAAUAGCAUUAAAUAUAUUUCUUUUCCUCAAUACUCAUUAAUGCAGUUCAUAGACAAAUCUCCUAUUUUCUGUCAGAGAAAAAAACACGAGUGAAAGAUCCAUUAACACACUUUAUAUAGGCAAUCAUUAGCACUCCGUCUCUAAGCAUCCCCCUUGGUAAAAUCCAUAGCGAACUGAUUUACGAUAUUUUCCCAACCUGGAGA